AUGCCACCAAGCUUAGGGAACCUUCAAGAUCUGGUGGUUCUUGACUUAUCGUCAAACAACAUGGUAGGUUCUUUACCUCAAGAAAUUGGAAAUCUAAAGGUUGUAACAAAAAUUGACCUGUCGAUGAAUCAAUUCUCAAAUGAAAUUCCUAGAGAAAUUGGAGGAUUGCGAACUCUGGUGCACCUUUCUUUGAAACAUAACAAAUUGCAAGGAUCUAUACCUGACUCAGUGAGCAACAUGGUAGGUUUGGAAUUUCUAGACCUUUCUAACAAUAAUAUAUCAGGAAUCAUUCCUAUGUCUUUGGAGAAACUUCAAAACCUGAAAUAUUUCAAUGUUUCUGUCAACAAGUUGUAUGGUGAAAUACCCUCGAGGGGUCCUUUCAAGAACCUCUCGAGUCAGUUUUCCAUCCACACUGAAGCAUUGUGUGGUUCUUCAAGAUUUAGUGUCCCGCCAUGCCCCACUUCAUCAAAGCACAGAUCAAAUAGGAAAAAAUUGCUAGUUCUUUUUCUUUUGCUGGGAAUUGCACUACUGCAAGCUGAUUCAUUGUCUGCCAUAACAAGAGAAAGAACUUCAUACUAUGAACUGCUCCAAGCAACUGAUGCGCUUAGCGAGAGUAAUCUGAUUGGUUCCGGAAGUUUUGGCUCUGUAUACAAAGGCGUUCUCAGAAGUGGAACUGCAAUUGCAGUCAAAGUGUUCAAUCUGCAACUGGAUGCGGCAUUCAAAAGUUUUGAUACGGAAUGUGAAAUUCUGCGUAGCCUUCGCCAUAGAAAUCUUGUAAAAGUCAUUACUAGUUGUUCCAACCUUGAUUUUAAGGCUUUAGUGCUCGAGUAUAUGUCAAAUGGAAGUCUUGAUAAGUAUUUGUAUUCUCACAACUAUUUCCUCGACAUCAGGCAGAGACUAAGCAUUAUGAUAGAUGUGGCAUGUGCGUUGGAAUAUCUCCAUCAUGGGUGCGCAUUGCCAGUGAUUCACUGUGAUGUGAAGCCUAGUAACGUCUUGCUGGAUGAGGAUAUGGUUUCCCACUUAAGAGACUUUGGCAUCUCAAAACUUCUUGGUGAAGAUGAGGUGAUUUACACACAAAAACGUUACCAACACUGGGUUAUAUUGCACCGGAGUAUGGACAAGAUGGAUUGGUGUCUACUAAAUGUGAUGUGUAUAGUUAUGGAAUCAUGUUGCUGGAAACGUUUACUAGGAGAAAGCCUAGUGAGUUUGAGGGAGAUCUUAGCUUGAAGCAAUGGGUG